CCCACCCACCCGGCCUGGGGAAUUCAGAGUGGAAGGCAUGAAUGGGCAAGGACAGCCGUAGAAGGUUGAAAGGUUGACCUACACAUUUCUUCAAAAAUAAACAACAUGAAAUUCUUCUGCAAGACGUUGCUGGCCUUCUGGGUCCUAUCUGAAGGGGUCUUGGCUGGACCGUGGAGCGCCUGGAUGCCCGAACACAUCACUGCGUUUGAGGGCACCUGUGUGGUUAUCCCCUGUCGCUUCAGCUACCCAGAAGAGCUGCGUCCACCAACCAUCCAUGGCAUCUGGUACUUCAACAGCCCAUACCCCAAGAAUUAUCCGCCAGUGGUUUACAAAUCCCGCACCAACAUUAUCCACGAGAGCUACGUUGGACGCAGUAGACUGCUGGGAGAGCUGAAUUUCCGCAACUGCACCCUCCAGAUCUCCCGUCUCAGCCCUGAGCUCUCAGGGAAGUAUUACUUUCGGGGAGACCUCGGUGGCUACAAUCAAUACACCUAUCCAGAGCACACUAACCUUGAGGUCAUCAACAAGCCCACCAUUUUGAAUCCUCCAGAAGUGGUGGAGGGUUCAGAUGCAGAGCUGCGCUGCGAGGUGCCCGACAAUUGCCCAGACAUGAAACCUGUCAUCACAUGGAUGAACCAUGAGAAUUUGGCUGAGCAUUCCGUCUACGCACAGAUAGAGGAAGAAGGUAGCACUUGGUCACUCAUCUCCAUCCUGAAGUUCCUCCCAUUGCGUGAGAACCACGGACAUGAGGUGGGCUGCAAAGUCAGCUACCCCAACACCACUUUUGAGUUUGAAGGCUUCUCGACUCUGGACGUCAAAUACCCACCCCGCAUCCUGCAAGUCAACUCCUCCACGGAAGUCCUCCAUGGCACUCACGUGUUCUUGAUGUGUAUUGUGGACAGCAGUCCAACAGCCAUGAUUUCCUGGCUCCGAGAAAAUGAAAUUCUCCAUGAGGACUUGGCUGGGAACCUCACACUCUACCUCGACAAUGUAACUCACCUGCAGGAUGGCCUCUACACUUGUGUGGCGGAGAACAUCUAUGGCAAAGACAACCACUCCCUUGCCUUGUCUGUGCUGUAUGCUCCUUGGAAACCAGUCGUCAACAGAUCAUUGGUGGCCGUUGAAGGAGAGCCUGUCACUAUCUCCUGCAGCUCACAGAGCAGCCCUGACCCAACGGUCACCAUCUUCAAGGACAAGAAGCCAUUAGCCAUGGGGGUCUACCAAAGCCAGGUGGAGCUGGAGUUCGAAUCCGUGUCGCACGAAGAUGACGGUGAAUACUGGUGCACAGCAGAGAACCAGUUUGGCCAGAGCAGCACUGCUUUCAACCUUACCGUUGAAUUUGCUCCCCGUAUUCUUCCGGACUCCAAGUGCACAGCCGCUCGGGAUACAGUAAAAUGCAUCUGUGCAGCCAAAGCCAACCCAGAAGCUAUGAUCACCUUUGAGUUGCCCACCCGCAACGUGACGGUCAAUGAGACUGACCGGGAGUUUGUGUACUCCCAGAAAACAGGCUACAUUGUCACCAGCAUCCUGACUGUUCAGAGGGAGGUUGAUUCUCAGCUCUACAUAGUCUGCUCUGCCAGGAAUGUCUACGGCACCAAGAACCAGCAGCUCCAGUUCCAUCACUCCAACAGUCUGAUGUGGGCAAAGGUUGGACCGGUGGGAGCUGUUGUGGCCUUUGCCAUACUCAUAGCUGUGGUGUGCUAUGUCAGCCAGGCCAGAAAAAAAAAAAACAAUGAAAAUCCUGGCUUUGGGCAAACAGAAAACCCUCCUGUUGUCUACAGCGGAGAUUACAGGACUCCAGGCAAUCUGGAAAAAUCAGAGUAUGGGCGCUGUGACAAACGGCUGUUGAACAAGCGUGAGGACCUGGGGAUUGAUUAUGCCAACAUAGACUUCACCAAAUUGUCCACCAAGGACAGCUAUACCCUGACCGAGGAGUUGGCUGAAUAUGCUGAAAUCCGAGUCAAGUGAGGCCUCUUCUCACCAAGGCCUUCCUUCCGACUGGAACUAUAGUAGUUGAACGAGACCCCAAGCCGUCACCAUUCCUGGGCUGGGCAUCCAUCAUCUCUCAGGGGGACUCCACAUUAUCCACUGUUUUUGAUAUCCUGAUGUUCGCACUCCAAAAUACGGGGUGCAUUUUCAUUUCCUGGAGAGUACAUACUGAAGGUCAACUAACACAGAUUAGGGUUCCCCUUUUCUCUCACACACACAAACCCCACAAGUAAACACUGGUCCUUUUGGCCAGCCAACAGGUUAUAGUUACAGAAUGGUGAGAGGGUAGCUCUUUCUGCUUCUGCUGUGGUAAAUUGCUAAAUCUUGGGUACCUAGUCUAAUUUGCUAGCAAACGAUCAAAGUAGAACAAGAUUCCAGGUCAUUAUCGUAAGGAUCAAAUUGACAAAUCCAGAACAGCUGUGAUCUAAUGGGUAUCCCCCUAUCUGACAGGGUUUCAUGAAAGAAGUUGUGUUUCUAGGAGAAAUUGAAUGGAUUGGUUUUCACCACAAUGCCCAAGAGUCUUGAUCCAUCUCAUCAAGGCUGAUGAUCAUAAGCAGUAGAGUUGGCUCUCUAUCUGUCCAACGUUCACUUCAC